AUGGAACUCGCAAAAAUCAGGAGAUAUACUCCAUAUAAUGGAAGAGAUUUAAUUAAGCUUAUUUGUUGUGAAUUAUUUCCAAGAUCAUAUAACAGUGGCCAGAGUGAAGAAUCACCUCACAUUUCAGACAGUGUUAAAGUUAUAAUGGACUACUCUUCGAGUAAAGGGAAAGACAUUGACCAUUCAGAAUUGCCAAGUAGUUUGGUGGAAGGUAUGGCCUCAGGAUCAACUCUGGAAGACGAAAUCGAUAGUAUUACCAGACAAAUAAAUUUAGACGAAAUUAGUGGAUGGCACAACAGUCCCAACAGCGUACCUGAUCAGAUUUUUCCCUCUUUUGCCUUGUCCCCUACAACAGGGGCAUCCACAAGCUUCUCACCCUUUAAUGAGUUGAACUUCACGCAUAAUUACGAUCCUGAAACUUCCAUAUCAGAUGAUAACAUCACAGGAAGCACAUUUAUUGGUGGAGAUGAAGUGAUGUUUCAAGAUCAAUUGGGCAGUGAAGUGCCGUUUUCCACGUCUCUUUCUAGUGAUGGGUUUGGCUUGAAGGAGGAGGGUGAUGAGAGCUUAGGUCAGCAAGGUUCUGAAAGCAUUUAUGCCGUGAUUCCGAGAGCACCUACUAUUUGGUCACUGGCUGCGAGGAUGCUCACUGCAUUUAAUCUAUUCAAGCAAUUGUCUGGAGAGGGCAUCUUAGCUCAAGUGUGGGUCCCGGUACGUAUGGGUGAUUGUUAUGUCUUGAGCACUUGCGAACAACCUUACUUGCCCGACCAAAUGCUUUUAGGGUAUCGUGAAGUGUCACGAUUGUUUACUUUUGCCUUGGAACGAAGACCUGGUAAUUUUCUUGGGCUCCCAGGUCGUGUAUUUUCCUCAAAGGUUCCGGAGUGGACCACAAACGUCAUGUACUAUGACAAGCGCGAGUUUUUACGAGUAGAACAUGCCCUCGCUCAUGAAGUUCGGGGAUCUAUUGCAUUGCCCGUUUUUGAGGAUGAUGGUUCGCCUAAAAGGUCAUGUUGCGCGGUGUUGGAACUUGUCACCAUGAAGGAUAAGUCUGAUUUCGAUCUGGAGAUGGAAAACGUGUGUCGUGCGCUAGAGGCCGUAAAGUUAAGGAGCACUUUACCCCCGAGGCUUCGUCCCCAGAGCUUCUCUGCAAAUCAAAGAGCUGCGUUAGCUGAGAUUUAUGAUGUUCUAAGUAGUGUUUGCCAUGCGCAUAAUCUGCCUCUUGCACUCACAUGGAUUUCAUGUAGUUACAGAGAGGAUUGCGGUGUGGAAACUAUAAAGGUACUGGCUCGAGGGUGUUUUAAUAGUUCGAAGGAGAAAUGUGUGUUGUGUGUAGAGGAUAGUGCGUGUUAUGUGAAUGACGAAGAUGUGAAAGGUUUUAUGCAUGCAUGUGUGGGACGUUGUCUAGAAGAAGGACAAGGUGUAGCUGGAAAAGCCCUUCGAUCAAAUCAGCCUUUCUUCAAUCCAGAUGUGAAGCAAUAUGAUAUCAAUGACUAUCCACUUGUUCAUCAUGCCCGUAAGUUUGGCCUAAAUGCUGCUGUUGCAAUUAGGCUUAGAAGUAGGUAUACCGCUGAUAAUGAUUAUGUGAUAGAGUUUUUCCUUCCUGUGAAUGUGAGAGGGAGUGCAGAACGAGUCUUGCUUAAUAAUAUCUCGAGUACCAUGCACAGGGUUUGUAAGAGUUUGAGAAAAGUGUCAGAUGAUGAAUUGCAUGGUCAUGUGAAUUUACAGGAUGUGGAAAUGAGAAGAACGCCAGUGUCAUUACCCGAACAAUCAUACUUUAGUGGAAAGUUAGACUAUGUUCUUCCUGUUAACCAAAAUUUAUCUGAAUCAUCGACUUCAAGUGUGACAGCUAAUGUUUCUCACCAACAGCCAAUGAGUGAAUCAAGCAAAUUGAGUGGAAGGAAGCGAAACACGACCGAGAAACAUGUUAGCUAUAGUGACCUUAAGCAACACUUUUCCGGGAGCCUGAAAGAUGCUGCAAAGAACAUUGGUGUGUGCCCGACUACUCUGAAGAGGAUAUGCAGAUCGUAUGGCAUUAUGAGAUGGCCUUGCCGCAAAAUAAAAAAAGUCAAGAGUUCUUUGAAACAUGUCCAAGGUCUGAUCGAGUCUGUCCAGGUGAUGGAAGGAUUGGAGUUGUUGAACCCAAUGACAAAUAUGACCCAACAACUUGACUUUGGAAAUGGAGUGAUUUUGAGCAAUGAAAAUCUCGAGCCACCAAUCCAAAACAUAAACUUCAACCCUAAAACCACCAUUGAAAUAUCAAAAAACCCCUCAACCGACUCGUCUGAAUUGGGCUCGGGCUCGAUGAUGAACAUGAACAUGAACAUGAACGAUAACAGCUCAUCAGCUUCUCCAAGUGUAGCAGGCAAAAUGCAAAAAUCUAAACUUGUAGUGAAAGCCACCUAUAAAGAAGAUACAGUUCGAUUCAAGUUGGAGGCAAGAGGCAGGUGUGUUGAGGAGGCAAGAGGCAGGUGUGUUGAGGUGUAUGAACAAGUAGCAAAGAGGUUUAGGCUAAAAAUGGGAGAGUUCCAGCUAAAGUAUCUUGAUGACGAGGGGGAAUGGGUGCUGUUGGUAACCGAUUCCGACCUCAAUGAGUGUCUUGAGACAUUGGAUUACAUGGGAACUCGUUACCUCAAGUUGUUGCACUGGAAACCUGAGAAUGUUCCCCUACUCCCUGUCUCAAUUACACACAAUGCUCCUCUUUCGAUCGAUUCUCUGUUGCCUCCUUUCAGCUGCAGCUCCGGCGCCUUCGUGAAGACAACCCUUCCAGCACAGCCCUCACCACCUAGCCCGUUCCGUCACUUCGGUCGACCUAGUUUGCCCUCUUCAGGCUUCCCGUGCAACCCCGAUCCGGCCUCCUUGAUCAGAUUUUCGUUCAUAUUUGAGGUGUAUGGUAAUGGAUGGCUGAAACUCCCUCUAUUAUGGGACUGGUUGGUACGAAGGGCGCGAGCCUUUGAUAACAACCGAACAACAACCGACGAAGAAUAU